AUGGAAAAAGAAAAAUUGGAUGUAAUAGUAGAAUACUGUAAUGCUGCAAUGGAUUCCUCAGCGGAAAACAGUAUGUACGUAAACAAAUUGUGGGUUCAGUGUGAGUAUGAAAGCUGUUUGAAGUGGAGAUUGUUGUCAAGUGAGGAUGCAGCCAGAGUUGAUCACAAUAAACCAUGGUACUGCUUCAUGAACACUGAUUCAAGAUACAAUAAGUGCUGUGUUGCUGAAGAAGACUUUCCUGAAGAGUCUCAGCUUCAUCAAAGAGGAUUUAAGAUUGUCUAUUCACAACUCCCUCUUGGAAGUCUGGUUUUGGUAAAAUUACAGAGUUGGCCAAGCUGGCCAGGGAUACUUUGCCCAGAUCCUUUUAAAGGGAAAUAUGUGACCUAUGACCUGGAUGGAAAUGUUGAACAGUAUCACGUAGAAUUCCUGGGUGAUCCCCAUUCAAGAUCAUGGAUAAAUGCAACAUUUGUUGGACAUUAUAGUAUCACAUUAAAGCUAGGAACAUGUACGAAGAAAAAGAAAUGGUAUAAAAGUGCACUACAAGAAGCAUACCUUCUCUAUGGACAUUCUCACGAGCGAAGACUGGAAGUGUGCCGCCUAUCCAAACAGGAUAAAUCCAAAGCAGAUGGCAAAGUUGCUGUGGUAGCCAAGAAAAGGAUGCAAGUUUCCAGAAACACUACUGGCAAAAAGAAACCAAAAUUUAGAAGAAGGAUAAGGAAACCUAUUUUAAAAUACUCUUUCGAAAAUGUUUGUUCAGAUGAUGCCAUGUCAAAGGAAAAUGUGGUUGUCUCUGAGACAGAAGUUUUACUAAAAGAGCUGGAGCAAAUGCUACAGCAGGCACUAGAGCCCACAGGAGCGCCUGAUGAGUCUGAAGAGGAGCGUGGAGAAGAAGUGAAUACAGGAGAAAAGUUAUCUGAAUGCAGCCCUGAAGUUCCUGCAGGCGGUCCAUUUGAAAACCACUAUGAAGAAGACUGUCUUGUAAUUGAUGGGAUGAAAUUAAAAGCUGGAGAAUGUAUUGAAAAUAUAACUAACAAGUUUAAAGAAAUAGAUGCUCUAAUGUCUGAAUUUUAAGAAGAGGAAUUAAUAAGUCAGAGUGUCUACACAGUUGCAAGGCUUUUUGUGGCUAUCAUCUAUUAUCUUCCACCAGAGGGUUCGCCUGUGUAACCAUCAAAAUUUCUCAAACAUGACAGACUCUGACCUCUAAGCCUGGGUCAUAAAAGACAUUGUGGCUUCCACUUUAUUCUCUUUUUGGAUCACUCAUCCAGAAGUAGUCAACUGCACGUCAUGAGGACACUCAAGCAGCCUUAAAAGAGGUCCACGUGGUGGAACUGAAGCCUUCUGCCAACAUCAGCACUAACUUGACAGCCACCUGACUAAGCUCUUCUGGAAGUAAUGCUCUGGCACCAGUCAGGCCUUCAGAUGACUACAGCCCAGGCCAGUAUCUUGACUGCAACCCCAUGAGACACUCUGAGCCAGAAACGCCCAGCUAAGCACUCCUCAAUU